GUUGCAGAUAACAGGCUUCCAUCCACGAUCACCUCUUCUCACCAUCCAGGACGUUCAAGCCUUUACUGGAUUCUCACAUCAUAUCAAUCUCUUUCAAGUGGCCUGGGCGGCCUUCCUUCCUCCAUCCAACCGCCCAGCAUGGCCCACAAAGACACCCUCUUCCGUUCAGCCAACAUGUCUCUUACCCAGCUGUACAUCUCCAACGAAAUCGGCCGUGAAGUGGUUUCUGCCCUGGGUGAGGUCGGCUCUGUCCAAUUCCGCGACCUCAAUGCUGAAACCACUGCCUUCCAACGGACCUUCACCAAAGAGAUCCGCCGCCUGGACAAUGUUGAACGCCAACUGAAAUACUUCAAGGCUCAGAUGGACAAAUCAGGCAUCGCCAUGAGAAGUCAUUGGGAUUUUGACCAGGAUAUGCUUGCGGCGCCUCAGGCCAGCGAAAUCGAUGAACUUGCCGAUCGAGCAGAGUCCCUAGAACACCGCGUUAGCAAUCUGAACGAGAGCUACGAGACACUCAAAAAACGCGAAGUCGAGUUGACCGAGUGGCGCUGGGUCCUCAAAGAGGCCGGUGGUUUCUUCGAUCGAGCUCAUGGACAGACUGAUGACAUCCGUCAGAGUAUCGACGAGGAUGAUGCUCCUCUCCUUCGAAAUACCGAGGCCGAAGAAGGGAGAGCAAACGGUGAUGCGCAUGGCCAGCAACAGAGCUUUGCCGUUAUGAACAUUGGUUUUGUCUCUGGAGUCAUUCCCCGCGAGAAACUCGGCGCCUUCGAGCGUAUCCUUUGGAGGGCUCUUCGCGGCAACCUCUACAUGAACCAGUCGGAGAUCCCCGAGCCCAUCAUCAACCCCGAGACUAACGAGGAGAUUCGCAAGAACGUCUUUGUCAUCUUUGCCCAUGGAAAAGAAAUCAUUGCCAAAAUUCGAAAAAUCUCCGAGUCACUGGGCGCCGAUCUCUACAAUGUCGACGAGAACAGCGAUCUCCGCCGCGAUCAAAUUCAUGAGGUCAAUACUCGUCUCAGUGAUCUCGCUAGUGUACUACGAAAUACCAAAAAUACUCUGGAUGCCGAGUUGACCGCGAUCGCUCGUUCCCUGGCAGCCUGGUUGAUCGUCAUCAAAAAGGAGAAGGCUGUCUACAAUGCCUUAAAUAUGUUCUCGUAUGACCAAGCUCGCAAAACUCUAAUUGCCGAAGCUUGGGUGCCUACUGCCUCUCUGCCUCAAAUCAGAGCAACCCUACAGGAUGUCAAUGAUCGUGCCGGGCUAUCAGUGCCCACUAUUGUCAAUCAGAUCAAGACCAACAAGACGCCUCCCACGUACAAUAAGACCAACAAGUUCACAGAAGGUUUUCAGACCAUCAUCGACGCCUAUGGUACCGCCAAAUACCAAGAAGUCAACCCGGGCUUGUAUACCAUUGUCACUUUCCCAUUUCUGUUUGCCGUCAUGUUCGGCGAUUUUGGCCACGGAACUUUGAUGGCCAUGGCCGCCGCCGCAAUGAUCUAUUGGGAGAAACCGCUGUCGAGGUCAAAGCAAGACGAACUCUUUGCUAUGGCUUUCUACGGCAGGUACAUCAUGUUGAUGAUGGGCAUCUUCUCCAUGUACACCGGUCUGGUCUACAAUGACGUCUUCUCCAAGGGGUUCACCCCCUUUGCCUCGGCGUGGGAAUUCCCCGAGGAAGGACGCCCCACCUCUGUUGGCCAACUCAAAGGAAGCUACCGAUAUCCUUUCGGUUUGGACUGGGCGUGGCAUGGAUCCGAGAACGAUUUGCUCUUCAGCAACAGUCUGAAGAUGAAAUUGUCCAUACUCAUGGGUUGGGCCCAUAUGACCUACGCUCUGACAUUCUCCUACAUCAAUGCCCGACAUUUCAAGUCACCUAUUGACGUGUGGGGAAAUUUUGUGCCAGGAAUGAUCUUCUUCCAAAGCAUCUUCGGGUAUCUCAGUUUCUGUAUCGUCUAUAAAUGGUCGAUUGAUUGGGCUGCAGUAGGGAGAAACCCACCAUCUCUCCUCAAUAUGCUGAUUCAAAUGUUCUUGUCGCCUGGGACGGUCGAAGAGGGCGAACAGUUGUACAGCGGACAGGCUGGCCUGCAAGUGGUUUUGGUCUUGAUUGCUGUCAUCAACGUCCCCAUAUUGCUUCUUCUCAAGCCACUCUACCUGAGAUGGGAACACAACAAGACGGCGGCUCAAGGGUACCGUGGAAUCGGUGACACAAGUCGAGUGACCCACGCGCUCGACGAUGACGAUGAAGACGGCAACCCGGAACAGCGCCAGAAUGGCAGGCCCAGUAACGACAGUGAUGAAGGGGCCAUGAUCACGGAAAACAUUGACGACGAAGAGCACGAAGAAUUCGAGUUCUCUGAAGUCAUGAUCCACCAGACCAUUCACACGAUUGAAUUCUGUCUCAACUGCGUCUCGCACACGGCCUCAUAUCUACGUUUGUGGGCGCUGUCGCUAGCACAUCAACAGUUGUCGGUGGUGCUCUGGAACAUGACCUUGGGAAAUGCCUUUGGUUCGUCCGGGGGCAUGCAGGUGUUUAUGAUUGUGGUGACAUUCUUCUUCUGGUUCGUCCUCACCAUCGCUGUGCUGUGUGUCAUGGAAGGCACCUCGGCCAUGUUGCACUCGCUGAGAUUGCACUGGGUUGAGGCCAUGAGCAAGCACUUUAUCGGUGAAGGCGUGACCUUUGAGCCAUUCAGCUUCAAGCUACUCUUGGAGGAGGAGCCUAUCGACUAAAGUAUCAUCACUGUAUGACCAGGACAUGCAGGACAUCUGCCCAUGAUUCACGCUGAGCAUUCGACCCAAGGAAAACAGAGGUAUCCCUCUGCCUCCUUUGUCACCUGGUCUGAUGAGUUUGCGAAACUUGGGCUGGACAAACGUGCUCUCGAGGUCGCUAGGUGGGUGGCUUGUACACAUGGCUGUUUUAUAGUUUAUUUAGAAUCAAUGGAGAUGCCACUCAUUGACUGGCAUUUUUCUUUCCUUAA